AUGGCAAACACAAAUCGCGUGCUUGAGGGCAAACUUGGUCUCGUCACUGGCGGAUCCCGCGGAAUUGGCGAAGCUAUUGCUCGCAACCUCGCCGCAAAAGGUGCCUCGCUUCUAUUGAACUUCACAUCCGAAUCGUCGCGGGCUGCCACAAACGAGCUGUGCGCCUCGCUGGCCGCAGCCCACGGAAUUCGAUGCGAAAGUGUUCAGGCCGACCUGAGCAAGCCCGAGGAGGCCGUCAAGGUCAUCAUUGCGGCCGCACAGGAGAAAUUCGGAUCUUCUGGGAAGCUGCAGAUUGAUAUUCUCGUGAAUAAUGCCGGCGUCUCAGCCGAUCGGAACUUGAACGACGCCACCAAGGGCCCCAUUGACCCUGAGCUUUUCAACUGGCAUUACACCAUCAACGUGCUCGCCCCUCUCCUCCUCACCCAAGCAAUCACUCCUUAUCUCCCCACAGACCGCAGUGGCCGGAUCGUCAACAUUUCUAGCGUCUCUUCCUCAAUGGGCUUCGUCGGCCAAUCGAUCUACGGUGGCACCAAAGCAGCACUCGAGGCCAUGACGCGCACCUGGGCGCGUGAGCUGGCUGAUCGGGCCACUGUAAAUGCAGUAAACCCCGGUCCCGUGAUUGGCGACAUGUACUUUAAGGCGGGCGAAGGCUUCUGGAACGAUAUCCAAGGUUUCCAAGAUAACACCCCUGGAAGCAAGUUGGAUGUGAACGACCCGGACACUAUGAGCCGGAUCACGGAGGAGCAGGCACGGUUGAUUAAAGAGAAGAUGGGUGGGCGGAGACCGGCGUUCACGAGUGAGAUUGCGGGCGUUGUAGGAAUGCUCUGCACACCAGAUGGCCUUUGGACUACUGGAAGUGUGGUUUGUGCCAAUGGUGGAAUGAGAAUGACCGUGUAA